GUUUAGGCAUAAUAACGCCCUGAUUAUUUUGUUUAGAUGAACAUAAACUAUGAACUGUUCUUUUUACAAUAAGUUUAAAUUCAACUAAGCUCAGGUUCCGAAGAAGUGUAAAUGGGUGAUUCUCACGAAAACUUGGUUUUAAAAAUGUCAAGCAUGAAAAUGUAAAAAUUGCUUAAAUUUACUUUUUUUCCCACCAGACAUUGAAAAGCAAAGUCUGGAGUAAAUGGGAAAAUUAAUUUAAAAACUUUUACUUAUCAUUUAACACUUUUUGUAACAUAAUUAAAAAAAUUAGUCCUAAAAAAUCUCAUUACCGCAACAGUCAGAAAACAUCAACACUGACAUAUUUUCAAAAUGACAUGACAAACCUGUAAAAACAUAAUUUGGAGAUUCUGCACAUGCAUUUAAAAUCAAAGUAUUAUGCUUCUAUUAAUUAAAUUAACAUUUAAUAAGCAUCUGUUGCGGUAAUGAUAAUCAAAAUGUCGUCUAAGCAUUCUGACAAGACAAUAUUUCAAAUUAACUGUAAAAAAAUGAUCUUACCUGGUAGCCAUCUUGAAGUAACUGGUCCAUGUGCUUGGUCACUCAAAAUCAAACUUUAUUAAAAUUCUGUAUGUGUGCUUAAACUGUUCUCAAAAAGUGUUGCGGAGGAUGAGAACAUCAGGCAUGGACACAUCAUUUUCCUAAUUUUUCUUCAUUAUUAUUAUUAUACAUGAAUAUUCAGUAAAUAAUUUUUCUGUCAUCUAAAGUAGUCUAGCAAAACAUCCAUUUAUUUUUUUUCUUAAUAUUUUUGUGUUAAUUUGAUUGAAUUACAACAUAACGCAUGUUCAAACACAGCCGGACACAUUGCGGUAAUGAGAAUUUCAGCAGAAAAUGAGAUAAAAUUUACAAUUAUAAAUUCUUAUGUUGAAAUCACACAUUGUGCAAGGUAGAACACAGUAUUGUGUUAAUUCUGAUGCUUUUUAAUGUUACUAUAUUACACAUUUUAAAGCUAAAAUCAUUAGUGCCAUGGUGUUUCAAUGGUUUCGUAAGAAUCACCCAAAUAAUCAUCCUUCAGUCUAUUUUUCUCAAUAUUUCAGUAGGGAUCAGCGCAGUACACAUGACAAUAAUUUCUUAUAUGUGAUCUGCUUGCCUUCUUUUUUUGUGGAGACCACAAUUUGUCAAUUUCAGAUCGAGUGCUGUUGAUUGCUCAUGUCAUGGAUCCAAACUGAGACACUCUGGGGAAGAGAGAGAGAGAGAUAGAGAGAGAGAAUUAAAUCAAGAGACAGACACACAAGACAAGUUUACAGGAAACACCUGGAACCCUUACAUAGGAGAGGACAAACCUCGUGCUUCUUUUAUCCAGUCUUCCUUUGGUGAAGGAUGAGUGCUGUUUUUGCCAAACUGGACCCCAGGAGGAUCGAAUGGGAAUCGUCCUGGUAUGGGCUCCAUUCGCGAAUCCUGCGCACCAAACCUGUGGACUCUAUGCAGGAGGGUUCAGAUGACUUGCAUGGCACCAGACUUGCCCGGAUUCUCACUUCAGUGGAUCUGGUGUCACUUGGGGUCGGCAGCUGUGCGGGCACUGGGAUGUAUGUAGUUGCCGGGCUUGUUGCUAAGGAAAUGGCAGGACCUGGCGUGAUCUUGUCCUUCAUCAUUGCAGCUGUGGCAUCAAUUCUAUCAGGAGUCUGCUAUGCUGAGUUUGGUGUCAGAGUACCCAAAACAACAGGCUCCGCCUACACAUACAGUUACGUCACAGUGGGAGAAUUUGUGGCCUUUUUCAUUGGUUGGAAUCUGAUUCUGGAGUAUCUGAUUGGCACAGCAGCGGGAGCCAGUGCUCUCUCCAGCAUGUUUGAUUCUUUAGCAAAUCACACCAUCAGCCGCUACAUGAUCAACCAUCUUGGAACAAUGAAUGGUCUGGGUAAAGGAGAAGAAUCUUAUCCAGACCUCCUGGCUUUGCUGAUCGCACUGAUGGUGACAGUGAUUGUGGGUUUAGGGGUUAAAAACUCAGUGAGCUUCAAUAAUGUGCUCAAUGUGGUGAACCUUGUAGUGUGGAUCUUCAUGGUUGUUGCUGGACUUUUCUUUGUCAGUGGAGCCAACUGGGAAGAUGGGAGGUUUUUGCCCUACGGUUGGUCAGGGGUCAUGCAAGGAGCUGCAACCUGCUUUUAUGCCUUCAUUGGCUUUGACAUUAUUGCCACCACAGGCGAAGAAGCCAAGAGCCCAGACACUUCAAUUCCAUACGCAAUAACAGCCUCUCUCAUCACCUGUCUCACAGCAUACGUCUCUGUGAGUGUUAUUUUGACCUUGAUGGUGCCAUACAACCUGAUCGAUGGAGAUGCCCCCCUUAUGGAGAUGUUUGCAGUUCAUGGCUUUCUGGCGGGGAAGUAUAUUGUAGCAGUAGGAGCUGUUGCAGGACUCACCGUGAGCCUGCUAGGAUCCCUGUUCCCGAUGCCCAGAGUCAUCUAUGCUAUGGCAGGAGAUGGCCUGCUCUUCAGGUUCCUUUCCUUUGUGAGCCCCCAUACCGAGACCCCCGUGGUGGCCUGCGUUCUAUCGGGGUCUCUGGCUGCUCUGUUGGCCCUUCUGGUGAGCCUGAGGGAUCUGAUUGAGAUGAUGUCCAUCGGCACGCUGCUGGCUUACACGCUGGUCUCAGUGUGCGUGUUGCUUUUGCGGUAUCAGCCGGAUAGAGACAGCUUCACCAGUUUCCUUACUGAGGAGGAAGAAGAGGAAAGGAGAAGAAAAGAGGAGAUGAUGGCAGCUAGUGGGAAGGAAAUGCAGAUCAACGUCGGUGGUGAGGAGUACAACGACAACCCCUGUGGGGCCAAGAACCUUCCGUCGAAGGGUGAUGAUGAAACGCUGAUUGGAAAGUCGAAUUCGGGGGGCUACCAGUCGGAAAGCUCUGGAUAUGGAGUAGGAGAAAAUGGCAUGGAUGCAGACGGCCCUGAUAGCGCCCUGGUGGGUGUCUUAAAACGCGCCCUGGGCUCUCACUAUUACACCCUGCGGGUGCGUUUGGGCUUGCCGAACCCGAGUGAUAGACCGACACCUGCAACAGGACGCACCGUCACUUCCUGCGUUCUUCUUUUUUUUGUCUUAACCUUCUUUCUGUGGAUCCUUGUCAUCUACGGUUUUGAACGAAUCUCAGGAGGGGUUCGCUGGGCAAUAAUGCCUUUUAUAAUGACUAUUAUUGCUGUCAUGGUAUCUCUGGUUAUUACUAUUCUUCGGCAGCCGGAAAAUCCUAAAAAGCUGCCUUACAUGGCGCCCUGCGUGCCUUUUGUGCCAGUAACGGCAAUGCUGGUAAACAUCUACCUUAUGCUGAAGCUGUCCAGCAUCACUUGGGUGCGCUUCGUAGUGUGGUGCUCCCUAGGUUUGCUGAUUUACUUUAGUUACGGGAUGUGGAACAGUUCCCUUGAACUCAGUGCUAGAGAAGAAGCGGCCCAUGCCAGCUCUUACCAGAGGUAUGACACAGAGGUGGACGACAGCUUUACUGUGGAAGAAGACCUUCAUUCUCAGGAGGAGGACCAGGAGGGACAGUACCAGGGCUGGGCAGCUGAGGAUAAAGGGUAUCAAUACCAGAAUCAGCAGCAGUAUCAUGAACAUAGAUCUUCAUCUAACAGUCACCAUUCUAGAAGCAAAGGCAGGACCAAUAGAGGCUUUGAAGAACUGGUCAAUGAAGAAUAUUCACCUGAGUGAGCAUUAUAGACAAAAUCUCAGAAGAGGAUAGAUUUGGGUGACCAUGAUUCUGAUUUUGCCAUGUAGGACAUCCUUGUCGGUCCUAGAACUACAAUCUUAUCAACCAACCAGAUUUUAAGGCAGGUUUAGGGUUGAGGACUUUAAAUGACAUUAUCGUCAACAUACUUCACUUUUAUGAUUUAACACUCUAACAUUGAGUAAAAAAGAAACAUUUUGGGUUCAAAAAAAGGGAAGUUAGUAGAGUUUGAAAGAAAUGCAGAUUCAGUAACAACAAAAGUUGGUGAUAUAGGAAUGUAGAUCUCUGAUAUCCUACUUUGGCAAAACAUGGUCAUGGUUACCUAAAGCUAUUGAUCUAAACUAAACUAAGUAGUUUUUGGAGUGCAUUUCUUUGUGAACACGUUUUAAAUGUUAUUUAUUUCUAAACAAGUACUUGUCAAAUACAUAUGAAGAGCUCAGAUGAAAACCCUGCCAAGUGCGUCUGACAUGUUUUCUUGUAAAUUAGUAUUUUUUUAUUAGGUCCUUAUGUUUAGGUUCAGUAAUUUCACUUUAAUGGCAAUGAAAAUGUUAUUAGCCAGUAACUGAAAUGUUUUAUUUUCACAAAUGUCACUUUAAUAAUUUCAUUGGUAUUUAACCAAGUCUUUCGUGGAACAAAUUUCCACUUCUAAAAAAAGUCUCAGUCACUCUUUACUGUCCUUUGUAAAUAAAGGGAAAAAGGCUCAAAAAUUCAGUCAAUAUCCCAAUAUAUUCAUUAAACCCUUAAAGGCGGGGUGCCUGAUUUUUUAAAAAAUGCUUUGGAAAAGAGAGUUGGACAGAGUUUUAAAACACACUUGUAGCCAAUCAGCAUUAAGAUGUGUGUACUAACCAUGGACCGUAAAAACAUAUGGACGUAGUGUCCGUGAUGUCAACCAUUGGUUUGCGAAGAUCGUUUCUGAAGCUUAAAGUAGGCGUUGCCUGCCGUCGCCAUCUUGGCCGCGCGAAUCACUCACGGAAAACUGAAAAUGGGUAAAGAGGAGGGACAUGUGUGAAGCUGAGGUGAAACCACACCCGCCUAUCGCGAGUCUAGUGAUAGCAUUGGCUGUUCAACCGUCACUCAAGCGGC